CUUCUCCUCCCUCCCCCUUUCCAAGACUUGUGUCCGCGCUGAUCAUCCAGCAGGCAGAAGUACAACGAUGGUGGAGGGACCAGGCGAUUGCACGGAGAUGUGGCGGAAGGCACGGUGGCUGGAAUGAGAAUCUGUUGGCACGAGUCGGGGACGAGAAAGGACUCCGGAUGUCUCCCGAGCUCGUGGUGCCGCCCGCCAUCUUUGUUAGGGGCACUGAGGACCUUGUGGCUGCGUAGACGCCAUAUUUAUGGGGGGCAAUAUGAAACAUGGCGCAUGCCUAGUGUGUUAUUUUCUUCCUGUGCAUUCAUUGUUCAUAUCUACUAGUGCCCACCCUGAUCAGUUUUCUGUCACUGUUUAACCCCCUCUGUCUCUCCUAAUCAGUGCAUUUUAACUCUGUUACUUCUCUGUACAUUUUUCUUAGAGGUUUCUACUGCUGACCCUCCCCUGACCAUGUAAUGUUGCUAACCUACCCAGCAACAUUACCUACAGCAUUUUUCACAAUGUUUUGUCAACGCACAGUUGGCCAGGAGAUGACCUUCCUGAAUCAGCGCAGUUUGUGAGGUGAAGCUGCCCUCCCCCCCCCCACCACCACCAUGCUGUUAGGGUAUUCCACGCAGCUGUACAAAAAGAAAACUCAAUCCAAACGCUGAGUAGGAGCAAGAACAGGCACGGAAACACUGCUGAAAAGAGCAGCUGUGAGUGCCAGCAGGAGAUUUUACAUUAAAACAGUAAGAUUGUUUCAGAGGCUGUUCGAUGGAGACGUUUAGCAGCCAGGGACAGGAAGCCAAACCAACAAAGCUGGGUCUGACAGAGUCACCCCACUGGUCAUGACUUUGGAGCUUGGGCAUGGAAGGGGAGAAACUGGACACGGGCUGUGUUUGUGAACACGGCUUCGGCCAGUCAUCUGGGCUGUCCGAACAUAAAUGUAGUCGGAAUGGAGAGAUGUACGGGGAAUGUGGGAGAGGAUUCGGAUCCCUGGAAACGCCUCAGCCCAGUCACGCCGAGGAGAGGCCGUUCGUUUGCUCAGACUGCGGGAAGCGAUUCACUCAGUCGUCAGACCUUCUGAAACACCAGCGAAUUCACACCGGGGAGAGGCCAUUCACCUGCUCCACGUGUGGCAAGGGGUUCACAGAGUCCUCCACCCUGCUGAGGCACCGGCGGGUCCACACCGGCGAGAGACCUUUCAAGUGCCCGGACUGUGGGAAGUGCUUUAAAUGUUCUGGGGACUUGAUGCGCCAUCAACGCAUUCACUCUGACGAGAAGCCAUUCAGGUGCUCCCACUGUGGCAACGAGUUCAGGCAGUUGUCAGGCCUCACGAAACACCAACGGGUUCACACCGGGGAGAGGCCGUUCACCUGCUCCGUGUGUGGGAGGGCAUUCACUCAGUCAUCCACUCUGUUGAUACACCAGCGAAUUCACACUGGGGAGGGACUGUUCACUUGCUCCGAGUGUGGUAAGAAAUUCACUUGUUCGACUGCCCUGCUGAGACACCAACGGGUCCAUGAGUAACCACAGUGAUGGACUUUCCUAUGAGUCCGAUCCAGGACUGAACUGUUUACAUUGGCGUCUGUUUCUACUGUUGUUAUUAAACACCACCUCAUUUGUAGGUAUUAAUAUUUUGCAAAAACAUUCAUGACUUCAGUUUUGUGCUCAUCACAAUGUGUUGUAUCUUUUCGACUUCUCAAACACAUUUGUUCCUUUUGACAAUCU